AUGACAAGGCGCAUACACUCGCGGCGAUCAGGGGAACCGACCAUCAUCCUCGAAGUCGUCGCAUCUCAAGAUCUAUGGAUCUGGCAUGCCUUUUUUGGGAUUCCUGGUUCGAACAAUGACCUCAACGUGCUCAAUGCUUCGACGUUGUUCAACGAUCGCCUACGAGGAAUGGGAGUGCCGAUCACAUAUCAAGUCAACAACUCCUACUACACAAGUGGGUACUACUUGACUAACGGCAUCUACCCCAAUUGGCCUGUUUUCGUGAAGAGUCCUACACAUCCAACGGACACGAAGGAGAAGAGGUUCAAAGUGAUGCAGGAAGCGGCUCGCAAGGAUAUUGAAUGGGCUUUCGGCGUGCUUCAAGCUCGUUGGGCAAUCGUCAAAGGACCGUCGAGUCUUUGGAGCAAGGAAGAGAUGAGCGACAUCAUGUUCACGUGCAUCAUUUUGCACAAUAUGAUCAUCGAAGACGAAGGCGAGCACGCAACGCAAUGGGAAGAAGAGGUCACCGACGAAGCUUCGAGUAGCGCCGCCGCAUCUCGUCCUCGUGCCGGUGUUCCGCCGGAUUUUUGUGUAUUUGUGGCAUGA